AUGGAUAAUGAAAGUACUGGAAAACUUUUAAAUAAUGAUACAUCAAGAGGAAAUAAUAACCUUGAUGGUUUAAACCAAAUUAAAGAAAACAGUAACAUUUUUUUGAAGAAUACAUUAAAUUUAUUUAAAGAUAUAAAAAAUGAAAAUGUAUUUUACAAUAUUAUUGAAAAUAUAAAUACCUACAUAAAUAAAUUGAAAAAAGAAAACGAAUUUCAUGAUUUUCUUUUUUCAUAUAAUGGUCUUAUUGAAGAAUAUUAUACUGUAUAUGAAGAAUAUAUAGUUUUUACUAAAAUUAUAGAAAAUCUGAAUUCAUUAGAUAUAAUUGAAAUAUUAAUAAUUCUCAAUUUUAAUAAAAGAAUAUUUGAUAUAUUAUUGUUUUCUUAUAAUGAUUUGUAUUUAAUUGAAGUAAAAAGAAUUUACCAUAUUUUAUUUGAAUUAACAUAUGUAUUAAUUGAAAAUUUAACUAUUUACGAAGAAAAAAAUUCUUUUAGCAGUGAAUUAAUAGAUAAAAUGUUUUUAAGAAAUGAUUUAAAAUAUAUUAAUAAAAAACAAAUUAACAAUAUUUAUAUUUAUAUAAAUGAAAAAAAUUGUGAUUAUAUGAAUAUGGUAUUUUCUUUACUAGAAUUCAUUUUAGAUCUUAAUGAUAAAAUUUACAAUUAUUUUUUGAAUAGCAACAUUGAUUGCACUAACUAUAUUAAUGAAUUGAUUAUAAUAAAAAAAGAUAUAUAUGAAAAAUUAGAUGAUAAUAAUAAUGAAAAGCAUUAUCUUCCUGAUUUAUAUAAUGAAGAAGAUUUUAAUUCAAUUGAAAAAAAUAACUUAUUAAUAAAUAAUAUGUAUUUUAAAAAAAGGAAGAAUGAAGAUUAUGAUGAUUAUAUAAAAAAUUAUAUCUAUACAGAAAAAAAGUAUAAUGAAAAUAAAUCAACUGAAAAAGAAAAAAAAUUAUUAGAUUGCAUAUAUAUAUGUAAUUAUGAAAACAAUAUUGUUUUAAUAAAAAAUAAUAACGGUAAUAAUGGAAAUGUCGAAGAAAAAAAAGAAAAAAAUAAGUUUGCUUCUGAAAUGAAAUUAACGAAUAUCAAUUUAAAUUUAUUAAAAAUAAGUAUAUGUACUCUUUUCAAAGCAAAAAAAAUUACACAAUACAUGAAUGAAAAUUUUUUUAAAAGAUUUUUUUACGUGUUUAAUGAUAUGCUAAAUGAUAUAAUAAAAAGCCUACAUAAAAAAAAUUAUAUACUCUUUUUAGAUUAUUUUUUUAGUGAUAUAUUAAAAAGUGUUAUUUUGCUAGUUUUUUAUUAUAAUGAAAAUAUCGAAGAUACUCCUAAACAGACUAUGUUAUUUUAUAAAAGUUUAAAUAAAGUGAUUGAUCAUAUAUCUAUUUACUUACACAAUAAGAAAAUUUUUUACGAAAUCUAUUAUGAUAAAAAUAUAACAAAAAAUUUUUUUAAUGUCAAAAAAUUUUUAUAUAAUUUUGAUAAAACAUAUUAUAUGCUGUUUUAUAUAUUUUAUACAAUAAUAGAAAAAACAAACCAUUUAAAUAAUGAAAUAUUUUUAUUUUUUUGUAGUGAAAUAAUAAAUAAGAAAGAGAAAAAUGAAGAUAAGAAAGUAAAAAUUUGUGGUUUAGAAGAAAAAGAAAAAAUUGUUAAAUUAAAAUUGGAGAGACUGCAUUUAAAUAAAAACUUUCUAAUUAAUUAUAAAAAAGAGGUGCAAGAAAAAAGUAUAAAUCGCAUUAUAACAAUUUUUAUUUUCCUUGAAAAAAAAAUAAAAAAAUAUAUUUGCUUUUUCAGAUAUAUACUUUGUUUUAUAUGGAAUAAAUUUAAAAAGAAAAAAAAAAAGAAAAAAAAGGAUACUUUAAGUGAUUUUGAUAUAAUUAUAAAAAAAAUUGAAUAUGUCUUAUUAGAUAUGUUUAUUAAAUUUACUGAUACAUUGAUAAUAUACAAAUAUUGUUUUAGUGAAAAGAAUGAUACUACAAAAGUCUGCUUCUUUGACGAAUUUCAUUUAUAUAUGAAAUCUAUACAGCAAAUAAUUUUUACUAGUUUUAUUUUUAUACCUAAUAAUAUAAUAAACAAAAUAGAUAAAUAUACAAAAGAUAAAUCAAAUUUAGUUAAAUAUAAUAUAGAAGAAAAUGAAUUUAUUGAAUUUAAUAAGAAACUAUAUUUCUUUAGUGAGUUAAAUGAUGAAAAGAAAAACAACAUAAGAAAUAAAGAAAAAAACAUUGUAAAUAUAUCAGAUACCUUUGACAAUCAAUGGAAAAAUGUUGGUGAAGGAAUAGAAGAUGAAUAUAAUAUUUAUAAAGGAGAUGGUAUAUCAUCACAUGAAAAUGGGAAGAUUAAUACUAAGAAAGAAAAUAUUUGUAACUUUGAUUCAGUUAGAGAGAAAAUAUUAAAAUAUGACAUUCAUAAUAAUACAAAAAUGGAAAAAAUUAAUAAUUUUACUGAAUAUGAUAUAAUUGUCUUAAAUAUUUUAAGUGUCAUCUUUAUGAAUAUAAUGAAAGAGGUGAUUAAUAAUAAAUAUAAAUUCGUUUAUUUUAAAAAUUCUAUAAUUCAUAUUGAACUUUUAAAGAAAUUAUUAUAUAUAUUAAUUAAUAAUAAAAAUACAACUGAUAAUAUUUAUGAUUUUGAAGAAAAAAAAAUAUAUAUAAAUAAAGAAAAAGGAGAUUUAGACAGUUAUUUUUGUUUUCCUUAUGAAUUUUUAUCAUCAAUUAUUAUUUCUCAGUUAAAUUGUUUUAUGAAUGACAAUUUAUGUAAUUAUAAAAUAUAUAUCGUAUUUCUUGAAUUUCUUUUUUAUAUCAGUUCAUCAAUUAAUCCUUUUUUUUUUUAUAUAUCAAAAAAAAUAUGGGAAUAUUUAGGUUAUUUUAUCAAUAAAAGUAAUGAUGUGAUAUCAUUAUCAGUUUUAUUGCAAAUAUUAUUUUAUUUAAUUUCUGAUAAAGACAAAACUUAUGUUGUAAAAAACAAUGAAAUAAUAUUUCAUAAAAUAAAAAAAACUAAUAGCAAGCAAUAUUUAUUAUUUCUAUUUUUAAAAAAUCAAGUUGUUUUAAAUAGAAAUGGGAAAAAUUAUUUAUUUUUUUUUCAUAUUUUUUUAAAAAAUGUAAAUUCGGAAAAAUUAAUAGCAACAGUUAUGAAAAGCUUUUUUUAUAAAUUUCAUAUGAAUUUACAAUAUUCUUUAAAUAUAUUAUUAAAAUAUUUAAAUGCUUAUGAACAGAAGGUAGAGAAAAGAGAAAAGGAAGAAAAAGAACGAGAAGAAAAAGAAUUAAGCAAUGAAAAAAAGGAGAAGAAAAAUGUCCAUGAAAAUUUAGAAAUAAAUAAUACUGAAUAUAAGAAUAGUCCCAAUAGAAAUGUAUCAUUAUCAAAAAAUUUAUUUCAAAAAAGUGAGCAAAAUGAGGAAAUAAUAGAUGAAUGUAAAAUAAUAUCUAUUUUUAUUUAUUUUGAUAUAAUAAAAAUACUUCCAGAAAAGUUCCUUCAUUUUGCAAGCGAGAUAAACUUAAUGAAGGAAUUUCAAAACUUUUUUUAUUUUUUAAUAUAUUUAUAUGAUGAAUUUAAAUUGCUUGAAAAAAGAAAUGAAAAAUAUAUACAUACAAAAAUUUUUAAUAGAAUAAAAAUAACGAAAGGACAGUAUUAUUAUAAUUGUGCAAAAAUAUAUUUUCCUAUAAUAACUUCAUCAUUAAUAUCUCAUUUUUUAUUUUCUCUUUUAAAUGAAAAUUCUUUUUUAUCAAAUUUCCGAAUCAUAAAAUUUUACGAAAGCUUCUUUAGUAAUAAGUACUUAUAUACAUUAUGUAACAAUUAUAUUUAUAUAAAAAUUUUGAAUGAAGCUUUUAUAAUUUUGUUACAUCUAAAGAAAACUGAAAAUUACUUAAAUAAUUUUGAAAAUUUAAAUGAUAAAAAAAAUGAAAUAAAAGAAAGCUUAGAAGAAUUUUGUGAAAAUUUAAUAGGAUAUGAGAAAAAUAAGAAUGAUUUAAAGGAAGCAUACAACUCUAAUAAUAAAAUAGAUAAGGAUUUAAAUAUUUUCUCAUGCCUUUUUAAAGUAUAUAUUAUUUUUCUUAAAGAAUAUUCUUACUUUUUUUUUUCAUCUAUGAUUAUAUUAAUUAAAAAGAAUAUUAUAUUAAAUGAGUUUAAUUUCAUAGAUUUUUAUAAAAAUGUAUACAAUAAUUUAAAAAAUGAGGAAAAAUAUUCUCCUUCUUUUAAACACUUAAUGUUAUCCAUAUUUGAAUAUUUUUUUAAUAAAAAUAAUAAAAUUUUGGAUAAUGAAAACAUUGAAAAUAUCCUAAUAGAUAAAAAGGAAAAUAUAAAAUUAUUACAUAACAGGAAAAAUUUUCUAAAUAUUUUUUUUCAGAAUUGUUGUUCUUCUAAAUUAUUGUCUAAUUUUUAUUUAAAAAGUAAACUUUCAAAAUUCUUACAAAGAAAUUUAAGAACAAUUUCAAGUGACAAUGAUGUUGAAAAUUUAUCUAAUAUGCUACUUGUUAAUCUUCAUAAUUGGACAAAUAUUUAA